AGCAAAUCAAUGCAGCCAAUCUCGCUGAAACUUUGUCUUCUUCUUCUUCUUCUCUGCCAUGAUGCUACUUUCUCUCUCUACAAUGGCGGUUCCGUCAACCCUCUCCCGCCUCAUCCUCCAUCCCAAACCUUCCCUCUUCACCGCUUUCCGCAGCAGAAAACACAGUCUCCUUCCACCCAAAUGCUUAUCCGCCGCAUCGUCCCUCAACCGCGACGGUGACUUAGUCGUUUUGGGCAUCGAAACCAGCUGUGACGACACCGCCGCCGCUGUUGUGAGAAGCGACGGUCAUAUUCUCAGUCAAGUGGUGUCUUCUCAGGCCGAUCUGCUUGCGAAAUAUGGAGGUGUUGCUCCAAAAAUGGCAGAAGAAGCUCACUCUCAAGUGAUAGACCAGGUUGUGCAAGAAGCCCUUGAUAAAGCUUAUAUGACUGAGAAGGAUCUCAGUGCAGUUGCUGUUACUAUUGGUCCUGGUUUAAGUCUCUGCCUUCGUGUGGGGGUUCAGAAAGCUUGGAGAAUUGCUGGGGCCUUUAAUUUACCAAUUGUUGGCAUACAUCACAUGGAGGCUCAUGCUCUAGUGGCCAGGUUAAUUGAGAAAGAUUUGCAGUUUCCAUUCAUGGUCCUACUUAUUUCAGGAGGACACAAUCUACUCAUUCUUGCUCGUGAUCUUGGGCAAUACAUACAACUUGGAACUACAAUAGAUGAUGCUAUUGGUGAGGCAUAUGACAAGACAGCAAAGUGGCUUGGACUUGAUAUGAGGAGAAGCGGUGGUCCUGCUAUAGAGGAGCUUGCUAGGGAGGGUAAUGCUAAAUCAGUUAGCUUUUCUAUUCCAAUGAAGCAGCACAAAGAUUGCAACUUCUCGUAUGCUGGUCUAAAAACCCAAGUAAGGCGGGCAAUUGAGUCCAAAAUGAUUGAUGCAAAAAUUCCAAUUUCUUCUGCAAGUUAUGAAGACCGAUUGUCACGGGCUGAUAUUGCUGCUUCUUUUCAGCGAAUUGCAGUAUUACAUCUUGAGGAAAGGUGUGAACGGGCGAUCCAAUGGGCACUGAAGAUGGAGCCUUCUAUAAGACACUUGGUUGUCUCUGGUGGUGUUGCGUCAAAUCAGUAUGUCCGGGCUCAGCUUGAUAUGGUUGUGAAGAAGAAUGGCUUACAACUUGUAUGCCCUCCUCCCCGGCUUUGUACUGACAAUGGUGUAAUGAUUGCUUGGACUGGUAUUGAACACUUUCGCAUGGGAAGAUAUGAUCCUCCUCCUCCUGCAGUAGAACCAGAAGACUUUAUGUAUGAUGUACGCCCGAGGUGGCCGCUGGGGGAAGAAUAUGCUGAAGGAAAAAGUGAAGCGCGCUCCUUAAGAACGGCCCGUCUUCAUCCUUCUCUUACAUCAAUAAUUCAAGCAUCAUUACAACAGUGACAUUGGUUGAACUUCCAUCUUUGCUUCAGCCUCUUUAUGAAGCUCUGCACGGCAAGCCUCUCUUUUGGACUUGUCUCUGAUUGUUAAAAUGAAAUCGUUGGCUGAAUUUUCAAUUAUACAUAAAAAAUUGUCCUAGUUUGCUGCUUUGAUGGGGAGACCAGCCAUUUGCAUCAAGCAGUAUCACAAGAAAAUCCAGCUAAGCUAUAUCACUGCAGGGAAAACCUCAGAUGUGGUUGGCAGAAGAGAAAAUAGGAAGAAAAGUUCUGCAUCCAUUGCUUAUACUUUAUGCAAUCUGUGAAUCUAUAUACUGUCUAGUUUUCAAGUUUUCUAUCAACAGCUUCCACCGUGUAAUCUUUAUCAUGUUUUCCAUCCAUAGAAGGUUUUGCUAUUUAUUUCCGUUCAAUUCUUUGUAAACGUAAACUACUCUCAUUUCAAUUGAUUUGUACUGUAUAUAUUAAGAUUGUUAAAACUUA